AGCUAAACAAACUUCACUGCCCUUUUCAUUUUCUCACACUCCAAUAGCCGGCGCGAGAUCGUAGCAGUUAGGACAAACGAACCUUCGCAUAUUUAGCAGUUGGGACAAACGAGCCUUCGCAUAUCGAUCAACCUCCUGCGAGUCCUGCCCCACGGCCCCCACCAUGGCGCAACCACCCGUCAGCGGCCGCGGCCUUCUCUACGUCAACUCGGCCAUCGAACGCACCGACGUGUUGGACGAAGAGAAGUUCAUGGACUGGUACGACAAUGACCACAUCGCCGAGGUCCUCGAGACCAGCGGCGUCUCGUCCGCCUGGCGCUUUAAAGACGUCGAGUUUGGCAAAGUCGAGAAGCCCUACCUCGCCAUGUACCCGCUGGAGGACAUCGGGUUCACACAGACGGACGAGUUCAAGAAGAUUAGGGUCCACAGCGACAAGAUUCCCGGUGGAGCGGCCAUCUACGACGUCGCCAAUUUUGAUGUGCGGGUGUACAACCUCAUUCAGGUGUUUGAUCCUACGAAGAAGGGCAAGGGGCACACCAAGACCAUCAUAUCAGCUCAGAUCGAGCCCGGCCCCGAAGUCAGCGAUGAGGAGUUUGAUCGAUGGUACCGCGAGGAGCAUCUGGAGGAGCUUUGCAAGGGAAAGGGCUUCCUCCGGACAACCCGGUACAAGCUCGCCUACGCGCGGUCCAACGCUCAGUCCCGCGUACUCAAGGGUCUCGCGACGAGCAGUGAGCCGCCCCCUCAGCCGCCUACCUGGCUGGCCAUCCACGAGUUCGACACGGAGGAUGUCAGUGUCGAGAACCUCAUGGACAUCGCCGAUAGCCCGUGGACGCGCAAGGUGUUGUCGGGGUGCAAGGCUAUCGAGGCUCCCAUUUUCAAGAUUGUGAAGGCUUUCGGGGAGGCGGAUUUCUUCCAUGGUGUUGAGGUAUGAUGCGCAUGCAAAAGAGGAAGGCGUUGGCGAGUCGGCGGAUGUAAUGACGCCUGAGAAGUAGUGUACUGGAUGCACAAUACAAUAUUUUCAUAGUGACAU